UAAAUAAAUAAUUCACAGCCCUUACACACACGGCUCAUUUCUUCAUUUCCUGCACAAACCCUUCGCGGAACUGUGUAACACACUCAACACUCUGAAUAAACGUGGGCAGUGUUAAGCACUUCUACACAUUAAAGUGUCAUUUUUCCACAAACUGAACACAGCAUGUGGAUGUACAGCAUGUGGAUGUACAGCAGGGGAACAUUUCCUCCGAUUGCUUCUUGCAUUAAACUGAAACUUAAAAAGCGACUAGUUUUCUGUUAUUCGUGUCGGUGAGCGCAAGGAAGUGGAUUUCAGCCCAAACCUCCAUUUCAUCAUUAUUAGGACUAAAUAAAGCACAUUAAUUUAUUAUGAGGGGGUGGAGCUACAUUUCUAAACGCCCUUCAUUGGUCAGCCUGCACGAGCUCAUCUUCCUCUUCCUCUUCUCGCACUGCGCUGCUGUAAGUUUCAUUUCUCAGUAAGUGAGAGUUGGGCGUAAACACAGAGCUCCUGAGAAAACCCGAAACUCUGCUCCCAGAAGCUCUCCUCCAUCUGAGCACUCAGCACCGACAGCGCUCAUCUCCCAGCACAGGGUUAUUACUCGGAGCACAGGGUUAUUAAAAACACAGCACCAUCUGGGAUUACUCUUCUGUCUGCGCAGUGAUUGGGACAGAGCUGUAGGUGAGAGGACAGAGCUGUAGGUGAGAGGAGCGCUCUUCACUGGAUCUCCUGCACUUGAUCAAAUUCAUCUACACCAUUCAAGUUUUCUGCAGCUUGCAGACGGAGCAGCACUGAAAAUGAGAGGACUUUUAUCCUGCUGAAGUACCUUGAUCUGAAACAAACUGAUGACGCUGAUUAUCCACAAGAAAUAAUGGAAGAACUUCACAGCACUCCAAUUGAAAAAUGGACAGAAGAUAUGGUGAGCGUGUGGUUGGCUUCAAUAGGAGUGAAAGAAAAUUACAUUAAAACUCUUCAUGAACAGGAAGUAGAUGGCCAGGUCCUUCUUAAAAUCACAGAGGAAUUUCUGAAAAAAGAGACUGGAAUGAAAUCUGGUCCUGCACUUCUGGUAAUAGAGAGUAGAAAUGAGUUAGUUAAGACUCAAAAACCUCAGAAGCAGCAGAAUAAUGCACAUAAAAGGACUGCUAAAAGUACUGACCAAGGAGCAUCAUUCAUCCAGGACCUUCCAAUAUCCAGCAAUUCCCAGAAAGAAGAACAGAUGAAACAAGAUGCAGUGGCUAUAACAAGAAAAAGAGAUUCAAAGCCACGACCUUUUGGCAAACCGGGCAUCGACUACACCUAUGUAAAGCAUGAAGUUCUUCCGCCUGAAACAGGUGUCUUUGAUCUUACAACUCCAUGUCAUGAGUACAAGUCAUUCAAUACAGCUGCGACUUUAGAUCGCCAAAGACUUCAAGCCAAGCUGGCGUGUGAAGUUCUUAAAUUUGCCACAGGAUGCAUGAACAUGAGAUCAAAUGGCACGAUACACUUCGGUGUAAUGGACAGCAGAGGUGCUUCUGGCUAUGCACACGGUGAAAUCAUUGGCAUUCCCAUUAGAGAAAAAGACAUGUAUACUGAUGCACUGGAUUACAUUGAAAGAUGUUUUAAAAGUUACAGUGAGCUUGUACGCCAGUGUAUAAGACCACCUGAGUUCAUUAUGGUAAUUGAACCCAACCGGAAAGAACAACACUACGUGGUUGAAUUUGAUGUUGAACCUUCAUUAAGCUUAGUGAGAAAUAAGGUGUUUUCUGUCACUUUGCCAAAGUUCAAGGAGAAGGCCAAUAAAACUGAGUUUGAAAAGCAAACAACAUAUCACAGAGUUGGUGCUAAAACAGAACCAGUUGAUAAUAUAAAUAGAUUUUACGAAGGAGUUGUUAGCAGAGAUACACAAAGAGAGGCAGCAGAGAAAUCACAAAGCUUCACAAGUCCAGAACCUUGCGAAGAUCUUGGAAGAAAACUCACCAUGCUUAUAACAGGUGGGAAGAAACAAAUAGAAAAGGAGAAAUGGUACAUACUUGUUACAAACAAGUUUUCAGAGGAAGAUCUCCAGCACAUAGAUUUUUUGUUGAACAUGAAAUUAUUCUGUGUGUUUGACUUUGACCCAGAUUCCAUGGUGUCUGGAUUAUGCCAUGAAUAUGAUCAACACCAUGCAGUGAACCUUCAUUUCAUGCAAAACUACAAAAUUCCAAGUGACAAGAGCAUCAAAGAAUUUGAGGGUCAUCUACAUUUGUUUGAACAAACAAGUUGGAUAUUUUGUAACGGACGAAAUGAUUUCAGUGGGAAUGAGACUCCUUGUGAUGAAAAUACAUGGUGUAAAACAAGGAGGACUUUCCUAAAGGAUUGUGUGUCAUUGAUCUGCAAGGAUUUCUUACCCAAGGGAACCUUCCUUGUGAUCUUCCUCCUCACAUCUCCUGUUGAGACACCUCUACUGAAGACAUUCGAUGAGUUUUUCACAGACAUGCAGGGUCAUGAAGACAUUAUAUGCAUCUCAGAAUCAGAAGGGAACUUUCAGAAAUGGCAGACUUUUGCUCUUGAAUUCUGUGACGAGGAAACAGUGAACAGGUCAUGUGUAGUAGGUUUGAAAAUGAGCCACAUCGAUGCAAUUGUCCAGCAAGUCCAGAGCCCCAGUACUCGUGUGAACAAGCUCUUACCUGUGUCUGCCAAAGCAAAUUGCCAUCUUCUGACACGUAGUGAGGAAACGAUGUACUCCUUGGAGAUUUUGUGUGUGAAUCAAUGUGAAGACAGUGCACUGGACACUGAGUCAAAGAAAGUGGAAAUAGAGAGAGACUUUUAUCGAGGAGGAAAAGUGACAUGGGAGAACUUCUGGCUUGCAGAGAAAAAGUAUGUUGGGGAAAUGAUUCAAAGAGAUGCCUAUCAUGAAGUGAUUAAUCUUCUGGAGGACUCUCUUAAAUGCAGUUCAGAUCAAAUGCCUGUCAAAUGCAUCAACAUAUACCAUCAGCCUGGCAGUGGAGGGAGUACAGUGGCAAGGCAGGUUCUGUGGAGGUACAGAAAGGAUCGAAGGUGUGCAGUUGUGAAUCCAUCAUAUGCUGUUAACAAAGUUUCACAACAUGCUGUAAUGCUUCGGGAGUAUGAGGAAAAAGAUCCACAGAAAUGUCUAACUGUUCUCUUACUUGUUGAGGAUUGUGAUAAUGAGUAUAUAGAAGAGUUGAGGAAUGAAUUAGAAACAGCCGUCAACACAAAAAAAAUUGCACACGGAAUACCGUGUUUCAUUCUCCUCCGUUGUAGACGAUCCCACAAUCCAGAGAAAAUGUCGAGGGACUCGCCUUUACUGAAUGUUUCUGUGACUCACAAACUUUCACAAGAGGAAAAAAGACAAUUUGCAGGAAAACGAGAAAAGCUUGAGCAACAGUUCGAGCCAGAGUUCAUUCUGACAUUUGUCUUAAUGAGUGAAGAAUUUGAAGAUGAAUAUGUGAAAAAGUUUGUACGGAAUUUAUUAGAGGAUAUUGAUCACGCAUCUGCCGUCACCCAGCUGAUUCGAUACGUAGCUCUGCUCAACACCUAUGUGGAGAACUCUUUCAUUUCUCAGUCACAUUGUGAAGCCCUCCUUUCUCUCCAGCUCUCUAUCUGUGGAGACAGAUUUCGACAGCACGCAUUCGAGAGUUCUCUGAGUGAGCAGGCUAAACUGGUCUUUAUAUAUUUGAGAGAUGAAAGAACCCACAUUAACUCGAUCAGAAUCAUCCACCAAGUGGUGGCAAAGGAAAUUCUCCAUCAGCUUUUGGGAGACAAACAACAAAGUGAGCUUGCGCUUGAACUUCUCAGCAAUGAUUUACUCUUUAAUCACAGAUUUGGGGGAGAAGAGUACAGGAAGUUCCUCCGUGAACUGUUCAUAAGACGCUACAAAAUCAGCAGAGGUGAUAAAUCAGACACUUUUUUCUCACCCCUCAUUGAACAUGUGAGACAAACGGAAAAGCCAGAAAAUGCUAUUAAUCUUCUCAGUGAGGCAUACAAUAGAUUCAACAAGGAUGCAUAUUUCGCUCAGCAGCUAGCUCGUCUCUUUUACUUUCAUGAAAAAUUUGAAAAGGCAGAACAAUGGGCAGAAACUGCAGCAAAUAAAUUGCCUAAGAACUCCUACAUUCUUGACACCAGAGGUCAGGUGUACAGAAGAUGGUUCGCGACAAAAUGGAAAGCAAUGGAAAAGUCUCCGAAAACACCAGAGUCCACAGCAGAUGCCAUUGAAACAGCUUUUAAAGCAAUUGAAUGUUUCCAAAAAUGUCAGACGGUAGCUGUUGAAGAAACUGAGACAAUGAACAACUCAGGAUUCUUUGGAGUUGUAGAAGUGGGGUGUGGCUUGUUAGAGCUAAUUUCUUCACUUGAUGUUUUCUCAAAUAAACCUAGGGGUCAUUCUGAAUUACAGAAGUACUUGCUUACAGAACACAUUCCCAAGGAAAUUGAAGUACCAUGGAAGCACUUUCAUGACAAACUCAAAAGCCUUCAGCCCACAAUGAACAAGGCUUUGGAAUGGGUAUCAGAAGAACUGAGUUACUUCCAGAAAAACCUGGAUACAGAUGAGGAAGAAACCUUCAAGACCUCAGAGCUGACAAUACACCGCCCCAAACAUUGGUUGGUUGCCAAGUCCUCUGUUUAUGGCAGGUUCUUCUGUGAGGUUUCACUCAGCAAUACAGCCAGCAACUGGCAGUCUAAUUUAGAUAAAAUGACUGACUUCAGCAAACGCAUGGCUAUCUACCAGCUUAGUGGGGGAAACUUCACAACAAUCUUCUCCAUCCUGGACCAGAAAAACAAAAACCAAGUCACAACUUUGGAGAAUAUAAUUUCACUGCAUCCAAAGGGUGCUAAAAUGGAUAAAGCAGAUCUUAUCAACUACAUAGCAUCACAUUUUGCCUUAAGUGCAAUCUCUCCUGGGUCACCUAAGCUGGCUCCCUUCAAGGAUCUGCAAAAGUUGAGCCGCUCAUUUCUUCAAGACAAACUAAAAUGUCCAUCAAAUGCUCUCUUUCUGUGCACACUACUGUUCUGGCCAGAAGACCAUGACACUGAUCAAGACAAGGAGGACAAAUAUAAAACUAUUCUUACUGCUGUUAAAUUCCUCCAACAAACAUACAAGACCAAAAUGAAGGAUAUCCUUCCGAGAAAGAGACGGAUUUUCACCCACUUCUUCCUGGGAAAUGGACAUGGAUAUUACAAGUUUGUCCAUAAGAGUAGGAUUAGAAACUUCCCCUCAGUUUCAGAAAAGCGUCUGAAAUGGGUAGAAGGGGAAAUGUUCAAAAUACCAGAAAUUGAGAGAGAGCUUAAGCGUGUAAACGGCUGGACAGAGGAUGGAAGUGUAUACCUUGAGGGUCCUAAAAUGGAAAAGUUUUCCAUCCAUCCUCUUAAUGAAAGUUCAUUGCCUGCUGGAAAUGAAAACGUCACCUUCUAUCUAGGCUUCACAUUCAGGGGACCUGUUGCAUGUGGCAUCACAAUAAGAAAACAGUCAAAAGUAAAAUGACUAAGAUGGAAACCAUAAAGAAACAACUCACUGAUGUGAAGAAUCACAUUCCCAGCUUGUAGUAUAAUACAACUGACAAAGUAAACUGACAAAUAACUUAGACAUGAUAGCUAACCUUCAGCGAGCUGAAAUACUGCAGAAGGUGGAGUGUAAAAGGCCAUUUUUGUAAAAAUGUUAACAGAGGAUCUGGGUUUUAUAUUCUUGUGUAAUUGACUGUGUAUAUUUUUAUGAUCCAGCAGACCUGCCAACCUUUACGUAUUUUACAAAGGAACUCUGUAUUUAACUCUGAGAAUACUGCUACGAGUUAUCACUCAAAAAUACAGAAUACAAAAAAGUGCAAAAUACUUUUUAACUUUUUAAAAAGUAUAAAAUACAAAAAAAGAGCAGUCUUCUUAUUUCUCUGAAAAAAAAACAGCAGAUAAGCCAACUGACAUAUGAAUGUGGAAUGACUGACAUUUGUGUAGGUGUUUUGAAGUCACCGAUAUUUACUGACCCCAUGAGAGCCCCGCCCCCUUCCCUCCAUCUCUCGUUUCAGGGUUAGAUGCUCUCGUCUUGAUUUUCUCACUUGAAAGAUGUCUCGACAUGGCGUCCUUGAUUUCUGUUAUGGCAAAUGGAGAAUGUUUUGAGUUAAUUAAUGUAAAAUAAAAUCAGUGUGUUCCAUUUAGCUAACACUCGACAUGUCUAUAGAUAACAUCAGUUCAUUAGAUUUAUUAGAGAUGGAACUCAAAUUUUAGCCACCAGAAAUUUCCGACAAAGAAAAAAAAAUUUAUAAAAAAAAAGACUAAGUAGGCCUACAACAAAGUGUCAAAUCUAAAACUGUACAGCUGGUUAGAUGCGUUCAAACAGUUUGAGCAGCAGAUCAAUAACAUUAUCCUUUUCUGGGUUGGCAAGUCUGGCAGAAUGAACACACAAUCUGUGUGUUUAAGUGUGUUUUCUCUCUUUAGUCUGAAAGAGCCUUUUAUUCAAUUAUCUUAACGCAUGUUAUUCAGUAUCUAAUGUUAAACUAAUAGGAAAAUUGUGAAGUAAUAAGAGUGAGAGGUGUAAAUCUGGACUCACUGAUGAGUCAUGAGAGUUUAAGGGGUUAAAUCUAAAAGAAGAUGGCAGAUAAGGAGGCAGGGUCAUGUCAUGCAUUUACACUGAGAGAUUACACAGUCCAGGAAGAUUUCUUUUUUUUUCUUUGCCAGAUUAUUCUUAUAUAUUUUUUCUAUUAAUGUAUGAAUUAAUGCCUCAUAAAAUGCACUUGCUGUCACUCAAUAAACUUGACAAAGUCA